CAAAGGUAGCAUAAUCACUUGUUCCUUAAUUAGGGACUAGUAUAAAUGGCUGAACGAGGGUUCAACUGUCUCUUAUUUUCAAUCAGUGAAAUUGACCUUCCAGUGAAGAGGCUGGAAUAAUAAAAUAAGAUGAGAAGACCCUAUGGAGCUUAA